GCGAAAUGUCGAUUUGGCGCCGUUCCCAGCAGUUAGGCCUUUGUUACAGCACUACGUGGAAAAUUUUGCGGAAGGAUUUGGGCGUAAAGCCUUUUAAGAUACAGCUGGUGCAAGAACUAAAGCCAGCCGACCUACCACAACGCCGAAUUUUUGGUGAAUGGGCUCUUGGAAAGCUGGCCGAGGAUCCGCUUUUUUAUCGAAAAAUUGUGUUCAGCGAUGAGGCUCAUUUUUGGUUGAAUGGGUACGUAAAUAAGCAAAAUUGCCGCAUUUGGAGUGAAGAUCAGCCAGAAGCAUUGCAACAGCUACCAAUGCAUCCCGAAAAAGCCACUGUUUGGUGCGGUUUAUGGGCCGGCGGCAUUAUUGGGCCAUAUUUCUUCAAAGAUGAUGCGAAUCGCAGCGUUACUGUCAAUGGUGAACGCUACCGAGCGAUGAUAACAAACUUUUUUUUGCCCGAAAUGGAAGUUCUUGACUUGCAUGAUAUGUGGUUUCAACAAGACGGUGCCACAUGCCACACAGCACGCGAAACAAUGGCGCAAUUGCGAGGCGAGUUUGGUGAACAGUUAAUUUCACGUUUCGGGCCGGUCAAUUGGCCGCCUAGAUCGUGCGAUUUGACACCAUUAGAUUAUUUUUUGUGGGGGUAUGUCAAGGCUAAUGUCUAUAGGGACAAGCCCGCUUCGAUUGACGCACUGGAAGCCAACAUCCAUGCAUUCAUUCGUGAGAUACCGGCCGAUAUGUGUGAAAGAGUAUGCCAAAAUUGGACUCAGCGGAUGGGCUACCUGAGACGCAGCCGCGGUCAACAUUUGCAUGAAAUUAUCUUUAAACAUUAAAUUGCAAGGUUCAAACUAUCGAUUCAAAUAAAUAUUUCAUUCAUUUUUUCGAAUUUUUUGUGUUUUUUUUUUUUAAAGUUCUAAACCUCUUAAAAAAUCACCCAUUAUA